UGUAUUUCCGGUAGGAGGGGGGCAGUAUUAGCGGACGGACCAGCAUGGCGGCCGAGGAGAAGGACCCGCUGAGUUAUUUCGCUCAGUAUGACAGCUCGGACAGCAGCGGGGGGGAGGAGGAGGAGGAGGAGGAGGAGGAGGAGGCGGAGGCGGACAGGAAGCCCCCGGGACCGAACCCUCCCCGAACUGUGCCGGACAGGAAGCUCCCCGGACCGGACCAGCUCUUCCAGAGCGUCAGCCGCCCGUCCUUCCUGUGUAACCCGCUCAGCCAGCACAUAGACUGGGACAGGAGGGUCCUGAGAGCCCCCCAGGAGCCUCCAAAAGAAUUUAAAGUAUGGAAGACAAAUGCAGUCCCUCCACCUGAGUCAUAUGAGACAGAAGACAAGAAGGCUCCCCCUCCUGAGAUGGAUAUGGCCAUCAAGUGGUCCAGUAUGUACCAAGAUAAUGGGGAUGAUGCACCUAACAUCACAAGCUCAGCAAGGUUUCUACCAGAGGAAGAAUCUCAGGAGAAUGUCAGUGCGUCUGAUGAUGACCAGGAAGACCCGUCUUCGGCUAAGAAACGUAAAAUUUCCUAAUUGCUGGACUGGAGUGGACAUGAUGACUUGUCUAACCUUACCAGACUGUUCCGAUUCAUUACCUGGCCGACGCGCAGUGUGAUGGAAGCACUGUGCUACACGUUUAGUGAUGGCGCCAGUGAUGUGAUUCAUUAGGAAUCUUUAAUCUGCCGUUUCUCUGCAUUGUGUUAGAAGUCUUUUAUAAAGAAAAUCUCUUCCAGUGCUUGACGCGUGUGUUAUACAAGGAGAGACAUUUGGCGUGUAUUUGUGUAUUUUUGUUUUCACUUCUCAUACAGCUCACUGGAUUAUUUGUGAAAUUCCAUGGAUCGGAUUUGUUGUCACAGGGCCAAAUAUAUUAAUAACAUUUCCACCAUUAUGGGAUACCGUCAUCAAAAGUUGGCAACCCUGAGUAUUCCAAAUGGAGUAUUUUAAGAUGUUUGGUCUAACCACGUUAUCACAAAUGCAGGCCCCAUUUAGGGGUUAUACCUUUAUUUGUCAUUUUUCACAGGGCAUUUCAUGAUCCUGAUGUGCAUUUGUGUAAUAACGCCUCAAUGUUUUACUUAGCACCAACAGUUUCCCCCAUGUUCCGGUGUUCCAGGGUUUGGGGGAAGUCACAUGGCCAAAUAUAUUCGAUGCCCUUUUCAACUUAGAAAUUUGCUGAAAUGAUUUUCUUGGCCAACGUCACCUUUUGAGGCAGUGUGGAAGCUCAGGAAAUAAAAUGACCCCUUGAUGACAUAUCAGUUUUAAAAGUAGGCGACCCAGGGUAUUCCAUGUGGUGUAAUUUGACUUGUUUGGUCUAGCCAUUUUAUCACAAAUGUUAAACUCUGUUUAGUGGGAAUAUUGUCUUUUGUGGUUUUUUUUUUUUUCUUUUCACACCAAUGAAUUCCAUUCUCACAGGAAAUGUCAUAAUCCUUAUAAGAGUUAGUGCAAUAAAACCUAAGUAUUUUUUAUUACACAUUGUUUCAUGAA